AUGUCUUUAUACGAUGCGCUUUUCUUAUACGGACUGGCAGUUCGCGAUGCUUAUGAAGAAACAAAAAAUCAGUCAAUAUUUAUGGAUGGAUCUUUUAUAUGGAAGAAGAUGACAGCUCGUCAAUUUAUUGGAGUUACAGGACAAGUAUUGAUGAACAACAAGGCUAUUCGGGUGCCUAGUUAUGGUAAUACACAAACUUGA